AUGACAGUCGAGACACAAACCAACGGUGGUGUAAAGCAGAAGCUAGACUGGGCUACGUUCAGCAAUGUCGUCAAUGGCAAGCUCGUACAGACAAGCAAAACUCGGCACACCCCGAACCCCUCCACGCUCGAGGCAAAUCCAGAAGUCCCUGUCUGCGCCCUCCAAGACGUCGACGAAGCUGUAGCUCAUGCCAGGGUGGCGGCAAAGAAAUGGGCAGCCACCCCACUCGCGCAGAGGCAACAAGCUGUCCUUGAUUUUGCUGGUGCCCUGCGUGAACAUGCUGCGGACUUUGCAGCGAUGUUGACUAGAGAGCAAGGAAAGCCGACGUUCCUCGCACACGACGAACUCAACCGAUCUGUGCAGUGGCUUGAGGACCAGGCCAAGCUGCCCUUUCCAGAAGAACUCGUGGAGGACAACAAGGAACGCAUCGUGAAGACUCGUUAUGUGCCUUUGGGAGUCGCCGUGGCCAUUGUGCCCUGGAAUUCUUGCGGCAAGAUCGCACCCGCCUUAGUUACUGGCAAUGCGCUCAUCAUCAAGCCAUCCCCAUUUACUCCAUACUGCAACCUCAAGCUUGCCGAACUGGCCCAGCAAUUCUUCCCACCGGGUGUGGUGCAGGCUCUCAGUGGUGACGACAAUCUUGGCCCAUGGCUCACCGCACACGAGGGCAUCGACAAGGUCAGCUUCACUGGCUCGACCGCCACGGGCAAGCUUGUCAUGCAGAGCUGCGCCAAGACUCUGAAACGAGUGACGCUGGAGCUUGGGGGCAACGACCCUGCGAUUGUGUUCCCCGAUGUGGAUAUCGUCGAUACCGCGACGAAGAUCUGCGUCGCCAUCAAGCGCAUCUACGUGCACGCCUCCAUCUACCAGCCCUUCCUCGAGGCGUUCGUCGCCGUCACCAAGUCCCUCCAGGUAGGCGAUGGAAUGACCGAGGGUGUGUUUGUCGGUCCCAUCCAGAACAAGAUGCAGUACGACCGUGUUAAGGGCUUCCUGGACGAUGUGCACACGAGCAAGGCAAAUGUCGCUUUCGGCGGUAGCGAUGGCGCCGACGGAGCUAUGGGCAAGGGCUAUUUCGUGCAGCCCACUGUCAUUGAUAACCCGAAGGACAACUCGAGGAUUGUGAUGGAGGAGCCGUUUGGCCCUGUCGUCCCACUCCUAAAGUUUGACUCGGAAGAGGACGUCAUCGCCCGUGCCAACAACUCAGAGGCUGGCCUUGGCGCCUCCGUCUGGUCCAAGGACCUCCAGCGCGCCGAGAGAGUCGCGUCACAGCUCGAGGCCGGAAGUGUCUGGGUCAACUCGCACCUGGACCUCCGCCCCGAUGCGGCGUUUGGCGGCCACAAGAAACGCGGGCUUGGUGCCGAGUGGGGUGUCGUCGGACUGCGAGGUUACUGCAAUGCGCAGACUAUCACGAUGCCCAAGGCUUAAGGCCAUCAGCUGCAGGAUUCGUAGGUCGGCCGGUCUGGCAAAUUGACUAGCCCAACGCAUGAGCCGUGGGCGUGUAUGGAACUCGA